AUGGUGCAUACCAAACCUAUCCUUAAACAAGUGAAGGAAUUUCAAGUAAUUGCACAUGAUCUUGAAGUUGAAGCUAUGAGAAUAAAAUCUAACGUUCUUAUUGGUGCAAUAAUUGAAAAACUUCCGCUUUCUUGGAGGAAUUUUAAAUUGUAUCUUAAACAGUUGACUGUUGAUAUGAGUUUUGAGCAACUCGUGUUGAGAAUUCAUGUUGAAGAAGAUAACAUAUUGAAUGAGAAGGCAAACGCAAACUCCUUGGAACCAAGUGCAAACGUUUUUGGACAAGCAGCUCCCAAGACAAAGCAUAACAACAAUAAAGGCAAGAAUGGCUCCAAAAACUCUUCCAAAUAUGGCAAAAAUCAUGUCCAAAACAAGAAGAAUUUGAGUCCAUGUUAUGUUUGUGUCAGAACUGGACACAAGGCUCGAGAUUGUAGAUUCAAAACGGGUCAAAGAGGAAAUGGAGGAGGAAGCAAUGGAAGGAACAAUGGAAACAAUGCCAUUCUUUCAAGGUUUGACCUGGUGUAUGUGAUGAUUAAUGAUCCUGAUGACACAACAGAUUUCCAUAUCGCCUCUCACAUUGUGAGGGUUCAUCAAAAUCGUGAAAAUGAUGUUGCUCCUGCCUUCACCACUGAACAACUCAAGCGUUACAUUCAAGUUGCCAAAGGUGAUACAGCUCCAGGAAGUAGAGUUGCAUAUCACAUGACACUUAGACAGUUGGAGGCUCUAAUCAGACUUUCAGAGGCAAUUGCCAGGUGUCACCUCGAUGAUGAGGUUCAUCCUCGCCAUGUUAAAUUAGCAACAAGACUUCUAAAAGCUUCAGUAAUCAGUGUUAUGUGGGUCAACAGAAUGAGAAGAACAACUAGAGCUCCAUGGAAGAGGCAAAGGCCGAAGUCACCAAGAUUAAAGCUAUCAUAG